AUGUUAAAAACAGUGGAUGCAUUGAGUAACAGUGGAAAAGAACCGGGCCUCGAAAUAUUCGUGAUCAGAGAGAUAAAGCCCCCAUGUAAAGGCAUUGCAGCAGUGAAAAUCGCAGCCGAACAAAAUUACGAAAUUGAAUAUGAAGCUAUCCGUAUACCUGGAGGACAAUAUGGUACGUUUUAUUCCGGAGAACUUUACCUUGUCAUCAAAACUACAGAUAAGAGGAUUCCGUCACCUCAAAUAGAGCUACAUGUAUGGUUUGGUAAGGAUUAUGCCGAAAUUCCUCCAAAAUGGAUUAACAAUUUCGAUAGACUACAUUUUGAUUGGGAUGCCAUAAUUCAUUUCGAAAUUCAAGACAACGAGUGUGAUAUUUUUGAAAAUUAUUUCAAAGAUUUGCAGCCCAUGAUCCGUUAUAUGGAUGGCAGAUAUCCUGAUGUUGCAAUUAGUGCAAUGUCACGUUUCUAUAAAGUAAUACGCAAUGAACGAGGAAACCAUCGAGUGAAGAACAUUCCUUUUAAUCUCUCGCUCAUGAAUCAGGAGGACUGCUUUAUUUUGGAUACAAGUUAUAACACACGAGCGUACAUUAGCAAUGGAGCGACAAAAUGCGAUCGCAAAAGAAUAAUUGCAGCAGCAAAAUUUAUUAGAGAAAAUGACCAUGACGGUGAAAUAAAAGAGGUCGACGUGGUUGAUCUUAUGACUUUACCUGAUAAUGGAAAUAGAGAGUCUUGCAAGCAAGCCUCAGAAUUUCUUAAGAAUACUUCCUUAGACGAUGACGAAGAUGAAGUCGUAACAAAUGAUGAACGUCCUGAAAACGUUGUGAUGCACUCUCUUACCAAAACUUCUAUUCUGCACAGAGAAAACCCUGCAGAGUAUCCACCAAGGUUCGCUUACACUCCGUCUGAAGAAAAAGAUGAACAGAAGAAAGUAGUAACAUUAAGUAGUAAAAUUAAAUUCAUAUUUCGUUAUGGACUCUUUUACUUGUUAGGAAAAAAACAAGUUCGACCUCAAACAAAAGAUAAUCCAAGGGAAGAAAAUUUUGUGAAAACAGCUAUGAAAAGGGUACUCUUGAGAGAAUAUUUAGAGACCAAAAGGUUAUACAUUUUGGAAGAGACAGUGAGACGUGGUGUUUAUAUUUGGGUUGGGAAGGAUUGUGAUAAAAAACUGCAGGAAGAAGUCACUAAUUGGGUCCAUUAUGAACUCAGGAAAGAACUUAAAGGAGACCAAAAGAAACCGUCACGUUGGUCACAUGCAAUUAAAUUUCCAGAAGGUAGAGAACCAAUGAAAUUUAGACAAUAUUUCAAAGACUGGAACUGUGAGCAAACUUCGUUAUAAAACGUUAGUUUUUAGUGAUGUAACAAAAAAUAUUGGACUCUUCUCCACUACGUGAUAAGGAAAACUCGCUUGUAAACAAUACAUUGUACUUAUUUUCCUUGUAUGAGGCCAUCCAUGUAACCGUUAUAACAUGAUCGAUAGAUAAAAUUUACAUUUAGGUGUUGGUUAUACAUGUAAAGCCAAAAGCAUAUCUUGCCUGACCUUUUGAAUUUUGAACUGUUCUUAUCGUAAGCGGUAUGGAGUUUAAAUCUGAACGGAUAUUUAAAUCUGAAGUGUCAAGCUUGACGUACUCUUA